CAGAAAUCUGCAGCUCCCACAAUCAAGAGAUCAAAAUGAUGCUGUCUGUAAAAAGGGAUUAAACUCUGGGCGCCUCCUCGCUCUCCUCUCUGCCGCCGCUCGGUGCAUCUCCGCAGACCUGCACCGCCACACCGGGAGUCGUCAAAGGAGACAUGCCGUCGCUGAGCAUCCGUUGACGGUGACGCACGACUGACCAUGAUGAAGACCGAGUCCACCUCCAAGAGCGCCGGCUCCACGCUCAGGAGCCCAUCCCCGCACCGGAACGCGUACGAAGCGGGGAUGCAGGCCCUCAAACCCGUCAAAGACAAUGCAUCCAACGGGGACGUGCAGGAGGGCCCCCGUGGGCGCAGGUACGGCUCCAACGUGCACCGUAUAAAGAACAUGUUCCAACAGAUGCAGACCACCUCCCCGGCGGCGGAGGCAGAAGGAGAGGAUAAGAGCAUCGAGAAGCCGGGGCGAGUGUCCUUGCCCAGAGCCGGGAGCCUCAACGAGAACGUGGACCACAGCGCAUUGUUGAAGCUGGGGUCCACAGUGUCUGAUCGAGUCAAUAAGUUUGAUGUGAAACCAGAGAACGGGCACGCGCGGGCCUCCUCACCCAGCUACUCCAAACUGCAGGAGACAAGGCGCAUCUUUGAGCAGCAGCAGCAGGAGAAACAGGACAAGCUGGUGACAACCAGGGUCCUGCUGAAGUCAGACAAGGGCGCGGGGUACCAGGACGGCCGCCUGGACGUGUCCCGCUUCAAUGGCAGCACAGAGUCUCUGGACAGUCUGGACACUAGUGAGGCUGUAUCCCCCACAGUGAGCCAGCUCAGUGCAGUGUUUGAGCGAGCGGCCGAACUCAGAAACAACCUGCAUCGCCUGUCCUCCACCCCUCCUCUGCCCUCCAGGGGAGUCAGCGCCAAGGUGGGGGUCCUCAACUCCAAAUUAAUCACAAAGAGAGCUACGACCUUUGCAUCCAGCAACAGGGAGGAGGAGACAAACAAGGGCCAAGAGGCUCCAUCCCGGGCCCCAAGAGGGAAGGUGCUACCUCCAUAUGAGAGUGUCAAUGGACGCGAGAGUGCAGCUCCUGAACUGUCCGUAGAGCCACGCAAACAAAAGACUGUGUCAGACGCAGGAGUCGAGGCCAAAGUCGAGGAGGAACAACAAGAACCUAAAAGCACAACACAAAAUUUCACCCAUCUGUCGGAGAAUGGAGACGACUCGCACAGCUCUCCAAAGGCCAGUGACAUCCUCAGGCCGGAGGCUGAGACCAGGAGGGACACGGAGGGGGGAGAGGACAGGAGGGUCCCAGAUGAGCCUUCGGGACAGGAAUCAGUGGAUAUCAGCACAUACAGCGCCGUGGGGGAGGACUUUGGGGGGAGUCAGGCGGACGAGGAUGAGGAGGAUGACCGGUACGAACCAGAGUCCAGCUGUGUAGAGAUCACUGGACUACCUGCAGAAGAAGAGCCACCGCCAUCCAGAAAAAUCCGCUUCAGCACUGAGCCCAUCAAGGUGUUUGCUACCUAUCCCAACGAGGACUACGACCGGCGUAAUGAGGACGUGGACCCGAUGGCGGCGUCUGCGGAGUACGAGCUGGAGAAGAGGGUGGAGAGGCUGGACCUGUUCCCCGUGGAGCUCGAGAAAGACAGCGAUGGCCUCGGCAUCAGUAUUAUCGGGAUGGGAGCGGGAGCAGACAUGGGGUUGGAGAAACUGGGCAUCUUUGUGAAGACCGUCACAGAGGGAGGAGCUGCACACCGAGACGGCAGGAUCCAGGUGAAUGAUCUGAUUGUGGAGGUGGAUGGGACCAGUCUGGUGGGAGUAACUCAGAACUUUGCAGCCUCCGUACUCAGGAACACCUCAGGAACCGUCAAGUUUGUGAUUGGUCGGGAGAAGCCGGGGGAGCAGAGCGAAGUGGCCCAGCUGAUCCAGCAGACUCUGGAGCAGGAACGCUGGCAGAGAGAGAUGAUGGAGCAGAGAUAUAAUCAGUACAUGGACGAACAAGAGGGUGGAGAAUAUGGCACAGAUGAAGAAGAGGAUGACGAUGAAGAGGGAAGCCCGUCCUAUCCCAGUGCAAUCGAGGUGUUUGACUUAGCUGAAAAUGAGGACAUGUCCCCUCUGGAGACAGACCCUGAGAAACUGGCCCAUAAGUACAAAGAGCUCCAGAUAAAACAUGCCGUGACGCAGGCUGAGAUCCAACAGCUCAAGAGGAAGCUUCACCACGCGGAGCAGGAGAAGCAGAGGUGGCGCAUGGAUAAGGCCCAGCUGGAGCAGACCCUGCAGGAGAACAAGGAGCGCAUGGAGAAACUGGAGGGAUACUGGAUGGAGGCGCAGAGUCUGUGCCAAGCCGUGGACGAGCAUCUAAAGGAGACACAGGCCCAGUACCAGGCCUUAGAGCGCAAGUACAGCAAAGCCAAACGCCUCAUCAAGGAGUACCAGCAGAAGGAGAUUGAGUAUCUAAAGAGGGAGACUCAGCGUUGUGCACAAGUCGGGGCUGAAGCUAUUCUCCUGAAAGAAGAGUCUGGGCAACUCCAAGAACAGGUGGCGGACCUGGAGUGCCAAGUGGAGGAGCUGAAAUCCGAACCCUUAUAAAGCCUUUAUUUGUUCCACGUUUCUAACAAUGCAUUUCUCCAUCACAAGAAGAAGAGGAGGACAGUGUUAUUGUGCUUUCAAUGAACCGCAGGGUAUUUCUGAUGACUUUGUUUAUGGGGCAGAGAAGCCAUUAUUUGUGCCCCCCGCCUUCGUAACUCAUCCACUUGCUCAUAUUUACCAAGGUCUGUUCAGCGAAUGUGGAGGAACGAUUUUAGCACCAGACAGACUUGUUCUUUCGUUAAGCUCUUGAUGUUCUCUUCCUUUGUUUUCACACUUAAGUAUUCUUUAAUUAGUGGUCAUGUGCGAAUACCCAGCUGUUGCUUUCAAUUGCCAAAAAACGUUCCUACAAUUUUCUUUCUCGCCCUGUUUCGUGACAUUUUUGAGUUUGUACAUAUGUGGCGUGUGACUUUACAAUCAGUUGGUUUUGUAUACAUUUUUAACGUGUAUAACAUUUAACAUAAUAUAAACAAAUGACAAAGGAAGUCAUUGUAGAAUAUAUGUAAGGAAGGAUGUACAUUGGAGGGAUUUGCACUAAAAAGGACUUAAUAUACUGGAUUGAAGAAUGAAAUGUCUUUGAUAUUGUACAAAGAGUAACUCAUCCUUUGUAGGGGCCAAUUCACUUAACCCUAAGAACCACCUGCUGCCUACCUUACAGAAGUGAUUUUGUGAUUUUUUUACUCAUCACCUCAACCGAACGAACAAUUUUUUUAUUUUAACCCAUCGCUUUUUCGAGAAUGGACCACGAAAACAAGCCUCCUCAACUGCUGUGCCACAACUCUUUUUCCCUCAAAAAUGGAUGUUGUCAAAGACUUGUGAUUUUAGUUAGGACUACUGAUGUGAAGUACUGGACCGAUGCCAGCAGAAAUGUAUUACGGUUUCAAAAGCUCGUAUGUAACCAGCAGCUGCACUCACCACCACUGUGUAGCACAUGGAAACACUGCCAGGUCUCUCUACCUGUUUGAAUUACGCACAGUUUAAAAUGAAAUUGAGUGUAACUUGUAUCUCAUGUCAUACCAGUAUGUUUGUAUAGUUCAGGUUAAGACUAAAAUAUUUUAAUUUUCCUUAAUAUUUAUAUGAUAGUCAAGUUGGAACUAAAAGCUAACAUGACGAGAACUGACAAAAGCAAAGUUCACUAGACAAUGUUAUACUAUGUCAUGUAAAAAAAAGUAGAUCUGGACAAAUACAAAAAUAGGUUAAAAUAAUAGGCAUGGUUAUGGGUAUUUUCAUGAUAUUAAGGCUUGUACAGUGCACCUGCUUUGCAUUGUAUGUUUUGUGGAAUAAAUGGUCAACAGUGAAAAUUCAA